CAGAUAGCAGCUUUCUCAACCGUGGGCCAACGAUAUCUAGACUAUCCCGGACUGUACAAAAAUGGGCGACUGUACAAAAAUGGGCCUGAACAACCCUGAGCCCCUGACUCCCCUAAAGCUGAUCCCCUGUUUCCUGAGACUUUUUAAAAGACUUGAUAUUGAACUUUGGGUCACCCGAGUCCUCGAUUCGCUACACUUCGACCUGUUACCAGUUACCAGCUACCAGACAGAGCUGAGUUGCCAGUUGCAACUUGCUAGUUGCAAUUUGCUAGUUGCAAUUUACAGUUGCAAUUUGCCAGCUAUCAGUUAUCAGUUGCGAUUUGCCAGUUACCAGUUGCCAGUUGCGAUUUUCUGGUUGCCAGUUGCCAGUUACUAGUUACUAGUUGCCAGUUGCCAGUUGCUAGUUUCCAAUUACUAGUUUCUAGUUGCCAGCUGCCAAUUGCUAGUUGGUAGUUGGUAGUUGCCAGUUACUAGUUACUAGUUGCCAGUUGCUAGUUGUUAGGUACUAGAUGCCAUUUGUUAGUUACUGGUUGCUAGUUACCGGUUGCCAGUUGCAAGUUUCUAGUUCCCAGAUGCUAGUUACUAGUUGUCAGUUGCUAGUUGUUAGUUACUAGUUGCUAGUUGCCAGUUACUAGUUGCCAAUUGCCAGUUGUUAAUUGUCAAGUGUU